AUGAAACCAGGAUGCUUUUGGCUGCAUCUCACACUGCUUGGAGCCUCCCUGCCUGCUGCGCUGGGGUGGAUGAACCCAGGAACCAGCAGAGGAUUGAACAUGGGUGUGGGAGAGUCCCGGGAAGAGGAAUCCAGACGCCUUGAAGUCACAAGAAGAGAAGGGCUUUCCGGCCACCGUGGGCUGCCGGCCUCCUGCAGGAAGAAGCUCUGCAGCCACGGGAGCAGGUGCGCGCUCAGCAGGGAGACGGGGCAGCCCGAGUGCCGGUGCCUGGAGGCCUGCAGUCCCAGCUACGUGCCCGUGUGUGGCUCUGACGGGAGGGUUUACGAAAACCACUGUGAGCUCCACCGUGCUGCCUGCCUGCUGGGGAAGAAGAUUGUCAUCGUCCACAGCAAGGACUGUUUCAUUAAAGGUGACCCGUGCACCAUGGCCGACGACGCCCGCCUGAAGAAGGGCCUUCUGGCGCUGCAGGCCCGCCUGCAGCCACUCCAUGAAGGGGACGGCAGACAAGACCCUGCUUCCCAGAAGCGGCUCCUGGUGGAAUCUCUGUUUAAGGACUUGGAUGUAGACGGGGACGGCCACCUCAGCCGCUCUGAACUGGCCCAGCACAUGCUGAAGGAGCAGGGCCUGGAAGAGGACUUCCUGGGGUGUUCACCAGGCGACCUCCUCCGAUUUGAUGACGACAACAAAGACGGCCUCCUGACCCUCCAUGAGUUCUACACAGCCUUCCAGGUGGUACAGCUCAGCCUCGCCCCUGAGGAGAGGGUCAGUGUGGCCACAGUGACCGUGGGCCUGAGCACAGUGCUGACCUGCGCUGUACACGGAGACCUGCGGCCACCCAUCGUCUGGAAGCGCAACGGGCUGGCCCUGAACUUCCUGGAUUUGGAAGACAUCAAUGACUUUGGAGAGGACGACUCCCUCUACAUCACCAAGGUGACCACCAUCCACAUGGGCAAUUACACCUGCCAUGCCUCUGGCUACGAGCAGCUGUUCCAGACCCACGUCCUGCAGGUGAAUGUGCCACCCGUCAUCCGUGUCUAUCCAGAGACCCAGGCACAGGAACCCGGAGUGGCAGCUAGCCUGAGAUGUCACGCAGAGGGCAUUCCUAUGCCCAGAAUCACUUGGCUAAAAAAUGGCGUGGAUGUCUCAACCCAGAUGUCGAAACAGCUUUCCCUUUUAGCCAAUGGGAGCGAACUCCACAUCGGCAGUGUUCGGUAUGAAGACACAGGGGCGUAUACCUGCAUUGCCAAAAAUGAAGUGGGCGUGGACGAAGAUAUUUCCUCCCUCUUCAUCGAAGACUCGGCUAGAAAGACCCUUGCAAACAUUCUAUGGCGAGAAGAAGGCCUCAGUGUGGGAAACAUGUUCUACAUCUUCUCCGACGAUGGCAUAAUCAUCCUGCACCCAGUGGACUGUGAGAUCCAGAGGCACCUCAAACCCACGGAGAAGGUCUUCAUGAGCUACGAAGAAAUCUGUCCUCAAAGGGAAGGAGGCGCCACCCAGCCCUGCCAGUGGGCCUCAGCAGUGAAUGUCAGGCACCGCUACAUCUAUGUGGCCCAGCCCGCGCUGAGCAGAGUCCUCGUGGUCGACGUGCAGGCCCAGAAAGUCCUCCAGUCCAUAGGUGUCGACCCUCUGCCGGCUAAGUUGUCCUAUGACAAAUCACAUGACCAAGUGUGGGUCCUGAGCUGGGGGAACGUGCAUAAGUCCCAACCAAGCCUCCAGGUGAUCACAGAGGCUAGCACCGGUCAGGGUCAGCACCUCAUCCGCACACCCUUUGCAGGAGUGGACGAUUUCUUCAUUCCUCCAACAAACCUCAUCAUCAACCACGUCAGGUUCGGCUUCAUCUUCAACAAGUCUGACCCUGCAGUCCACAAAGUCGACCUGGAAACACUGUUGCUCCUCAAGACCAUCGGGCUGCAGAGCCACGGCUGCCUGCCACAGGCCAUGGCCCACACCCACCUGGGCGGCUACUUCUUCAUCCAGUGCCGACAGCACAGCUCCUCUCCAGCCGCCCCGCAGCUGCUGCUCGACGGUGUCACGGACGCCGUGGUCGGCCCCAACGGCCACGUUACCGGCACCCCACACACUUCCCCGGAUGGGCGCUUCCUAGUCAGCGCCGCCUCCAGCAGCCCCCAGCUUCACGUGCAGGAGAUCACGCUGCGGGGGGAGAUCCAGACCCUCUAUGACCUGCAAGUGAGCCAGGGCGUCUCAGACGUGGCCUUCCAGCCCUCCUUCACCCAGGGCAGCCAGUACUACGUCUACGCCACGCUGGAGACAGAGCCGGACCUGCUCUUCCUGGAGCUGUCCACGGGGAAGACGGGCAUGCUGAAGGGCUUGAAGGAGCCGCCCGCGCCCGCGGGGCCAGCCCGAGCCUGGGCCGGGCCCCGCAGGAUCGUGAGGGACAGCGGGCUGUUUGGGCAGUACCUCCUCACGCCGGCCCGAGAGUCACUGUUUCUCAUCAACGCGAGACAAAACGCGCCGCGGUGUGAGGUGGCGGGAGUAAAGGGGGGGACCACAGUGGUGUGGGUGGGCGAGGUAUGA